GUGAAACUUUAGGCGCGCCUUAGAAAAUUGGCGGCUUUAUAUAUACAUUCAAAAACACCAAAAAGAAAAACUAAAAGAAAAUAUUUAAAAGGAAGAAAAAGAAGAAAAACUCUUCGCUUUGGUUUCAAUCUCAGAAAAACAAUUACAAAGUGUGAUUUGAACACAAGAAAUAGAUCAAUGGCGGAUCCGAACCAUCUUGAAAGAAUGGGCAGAGAGCUCAAGUGUCCCAUUUGUUUGAGCUUACUGAGUUCCGCGGCUACACUGAAUUGCAACCAUGUUUUCUGCAAUUCGUGUAUUGUGAAAUCGAUGAAAUCAGAUUCCAAUUGUCCUGUCUGUAAAAUUCCAUAUCGACGUAGAGAGAUUCGCCCUGUUCCUCACAUGGAUAAUUUGGUUAGCGUUUACAAAAGUAUGGAGGUUGCUUCGGGAAUGAAUAUAUUUAUCACUCAGAAUGCAUCUGCAUCUAAAUCAUCAGAUGGAAAAAAGCCAGUGGAUGAUUCCAACAUUCGGAACAGGCAUGAUUCUAGCCAAAUUUGUAUAGAAAAGCAGGACACUUUCAAAGAACAAGGAUCAAUAGAAAGAUGUAACUCUGAUCUUAAAGUUUUUGAUUCUGGUCAUGCAAAACCUUCAUUUCCAGCCAAGAAAAGAAUUCAGGUGCCACAUUCACAACCUGGAGAUGUUGAUAAAUUAUCUGAAGAACCGAAUCUUUCACCUUUCUUUUGGUUGAGAGAUGAUGAAAAUGUAGAGAAUUUAAGUCAGCAAACUUGUACAGAUCCAUUCAUUAAUAUGUCACUUCCAGCUAUUCCUGCUUUCAGUGAUAUCAAAGAUUCUGAUGAUGAAAACUCGUUAGAAAUGGCCCCUGAAGAAGGAGAGCCUGGUAAAUCCUAUAAUGUUGCUGAUAUGUUUGAUAGUGAAAUGUUUGAAUGGACACAAAGAGCUUGCUCUCCUGAAUUGUGUACAAGUCCUUUUAAGACGCAGGUUGCUGAUACUGAUGAAUUGGCCGUUCAAGGUGAAGCCCUGAAAGAAGUACGAAAGGGUAAAAAAAGAAGCAAAGUAUUGCCAGCUAGAAAGGAAGAUGACAGAUGCACUAUUGAACUGAAUGAUACUUCUCUUCCUGGAACCAACAAUGCUAAUGAUCAAGCAGGUUGUCAGAGUUCUAAGAAGAGAGGCUGUAAGGCCAAAAAAGCAGUUAAAGUGAUGUGUCCUCAGAAAAAGUCCAAGGAAGUUGGAGUGAGUGUAGAUUCAAAUGAGAAAAGUCAAGAAAUGCUCAAUAUUUCUAAUAUGGAGGUUGCUGAUACGAAUGAAUUAGUAGUUGAAUCAGAAGACCUGAAAGAAGUACUGCAGGACAAAAAAAGAGGCAAAAAAAAGCUAGCCAGGAAAAAAGAAAACCAAUGCACUAAUGAAUUGUGUGACACUUCCCUUCAUAGAACCAACAAUGUUAAUGAUCAAGAAGGUUGUCAGAGUUCUAAGAAGAGAGGUCGGAAGGCGAAAAAAACAGUUGGAACCACAUUUCUUGAGAAAGAUGCUGAGGAUGCUCUUGGAUUUAGUGUUGAUUUAAAUGAAAAAGGCAAAGAGAUGCUCAAUAGUUUUAAAAUGCAGGUUGCUGAUAAUGAUCAAUUGGCAGUUCAAGCAGAAGACCUGAAAGAAGUACCAAGAGACAAAACAAGAGCUAAAAAGGUGCUAGCUAGGAAAGAAGGCAAUGGAAGCACUAAUGAAUUGUGUGACAAUUCCCUUCUGGGAACCAAAUAUGCCAAUGAUUGUCAGAGUUCUAAAAAGAGAGGUAGGAAGGCCAAAAAAACUGGUGGAGCCACUUGUCCUGAGAAAAAUGCUAAGGAGGCUCUUGGAAUUAGUGUUGAUUUGAAUAAUAAAGGUCAAGAAACGCUCAGUACUUUCAAAAGAGCUAAGAAAAUUUGUGCUGCCUCUGAAGGAGCUGAAACAUUAGAUGAAGAGAAUAAAGACACUAGCACUGAACUGCCUAUUUCCUUAGGGAAGAAAAAGAGAUGCAAGGAUCUUAGCUCAAAGAGUCCUGGUAGCAACAGUGAUAAGAUCCAUGUCCAGAACCAGAUACAGCAUCCAGUGAGCUUAAAAAGGCAAAGACUUGACAGUAUGCAAAAUGAUUCUGAAGAAGCAUCUAAUGUGAAUGGCCAAACAAACGAGGAUGCCAUAGCUAAUUUAUCUGCUUUAUUAGUUCCUCUAGCCAAUAAGAUCAAACCCUCUGAAUCUAUGAAGGAAUCCAAUAAACUUUCCAGUAUAGCAAAAGCUAAGUCAAGUGAUCAUGGAUUGAGGAACAAAAGAAAGUUGAAAGUGUCAUUUAUAGGGGACUCUACUGGUGAGAUAGCUGAUGACAUUCAACACAAGUUGGAUGUUGGAAGUUUCACUGAUCCAUCGAAAGUGAAGAAACUUUCUUUGACUGGUGAUGUGGUAUUGCAGAGAUGCCAAAACAUUCCCAGUAAAAUUCAAUGCGCCUUUUGUCUUUCUUCUGAAGAGACAGAGGCUUCUGGAGAUAUGGUUCACUACUACAAUGGCAGACCAGUUGCUGCAGAUUACAAUGGUGGCUCCAAAAUCAUACAUUCACACAGAAGUUGCACUGAAUGGGCACCAAAUGUGUACUUUGAAGAUGGCGCUGCUAUCAAUCUUGAAGCUGAAUUAACUAGAAGUCGAAGAAUUAAAUGUAGUUGCUGUGGAAUAAAAGGUGCUGCCCUCGGUUGUUAUGAAAAGAGUUGUCGCAAGAGUUUCCAUGUAACCUGUGCCAUGUUGAUGCCCCAAUGCCGAUGGGAUACAGAAAACUUUGUUAUCCUAUGUCCACUUCAUCCUGAAUCUAAGUUCCACUGUGAGAGUUUGGAAUCACAGGCAAGAAAGAGGACUUGCAACUCGAAAAAGCUAUCAUCUGUUAAUCAUAAUAAAGUUAAGCAUGAUCUUGGUACCUCUCCUAGAUCAUCUGUUCAAAAUAGUAAAGUUGCUAUUAAGCAAGAUCUUGCUACCACUCCAAGCUGGAGUUCCUGUGGAAUCUCUAAAAAAAUAGUUCUCUGUUGUUCAGCUCUGACAAAUUCAGAGAGGGAAACAGUUUCUGAAUUUGAGAGAAUUUCUGGAAUUACAAUUUCAAAGAAGUGGGAAUCAAAUGUCACUCAUGUUAUUGCAUCAACGGAUGAAAGUGGAGCAUGCAAAAGAACCCUCAAAGUUUUGAUGGGUAUUUUGGAUGGGAAGUGGAUACUAAGUAUGAAAUGGAUCAAGGCAUGCAUGGAAGCAAUGAAACUUGUUGAUGAAGAGUGUUUUGAAGUUACUGUGGACAGUCAUGGAAUCCAGGAUGGCCCUCGACUUGGAAGACUCAGGGUUCAGAACAAGCAACCGAAGCUGUUUGACGGGUUUAAGUUUUAUUUCAUGGGAGAUUUCGAAUCUUCAUACAAAGGCUAUCUACAAGAUCUCAUAGCUGCUGCUGGAGGAACUAUUCUGCAUAGAAAACCUGUUUCAUCUCCCCAUAAAGAGAUGCUGUUCAGCUCUUUCGAAAGCCAAACGUAUGUUAUUUACAGCCUCGAGCUUCUUAAUCAUUCUGAUCCCACCAAGAGGGACGAGACCAUUAGCCAUAGGCGGUACAAUGCAGAGGUUCUAGCAAGUUCAUCUGAAGCCAAAGUAGUAAGCAAUUCAUGGGUUUUGAACUCUAUUGCUGCUUCCAAGUUACAAAGUUUCUAAAAAUAAAAUGCUUGUUUUAUUAUUUACAAAAAGUCAUGUACAUAUUUUAGGCCACCUUUUCAAUAAACAUUAGAAACUUUUUUUCUCAUAGUGGUGUAGUAAUAUAAGGUAUUUUUCUUUUUAAGGUGAUUUUGUCUCUUUGGCAUGUGUUAAUGAUUUUAAAUCAAACUAAAUAUUAGGAAGAACAUAGAAAAGGUGAACAGUACUAUUAAGAGUUGCUCAAACUUUUCAUUAUCAUCUCUUGCUUUCAAAGAAAAGGAUACUAAAUAAGAAGUAAAUUGGAAUUAUACAACAGUGUGGGGCAGGGGUAAGAAGUGGGGUCAUGUCAAAACCUGGAAAAAAUCAAAUCACACAAACACCCAACGUGCUAAAAGUUAAUGUUUCUCCUUUUUGACACAUCAUAACUGAUUCUCUUUGGCCUUUUCUCAAAAUUCCAAAGAUAGUGGUACAAUGUUGAGCACCCUAAAAAUCUACACAAAAACAAAAGAGGACCCAAAUGUGGUCAGACCAGAUAGGGGGGCUCCUAUUCUAGGAGAGCAAUGUCUCUAGCAUUUUACAUCUCCACCAGAACCCAUCACCUAUUCUUCAUAUUUAUUGCUUUUCUCUAUUUUCAUCCACAUCACACCACCCUCUUGUCUAAAUUCCACAAGUAAAUUUUGAGUGACUUACAAUCUCAGUUACUCCAAAACAGCAGCAGUAGCAGAACACUUACUGACUUUUUUGGUGUCACUUUUGUUCUUCUUAGGAGACUCACUUUUCUUGUACCUAUGCUUAGAAAUCUUCAAAUUAAGAUCCUCAAACAUACCCUCCAAAGCCUUAAUAUCCUCAAUAAUAUCCACACUUUCAUCAUUGUUAUUAUUAUUAUUAUUAUUCUUCUUAUUACCAAUAAUAAUCUUCUCCUUCAAACUCUUCACUCUCUCAACCCCAUUCUUCACUUCACCUCCAAUUCUCUCAAUCACAUUCUCCAUUUUCCCAUUCUCCUCUUGACAAUCCUUAAGCUUUCUCUUCAUAGAUCUAUACCCAUCAAGGGAUUUCAAAAGCUGCUCAGAAAGAGUCUUGUUCCUUUCCUGUAAAGCAGCAUUAUUAUUACCACCUUGGCUGGACUCUCCCACACCAGAUAAUAACAAUCUCUUAUUAUUAUUAAUAAUAUCCUUAUGUUCAACAGCACAAGCUUUCACUUUCCCUAACAACAUGUCGUUUUGUGCUCUUAAAUCACUUAUCAACUCUUCAAGCUCAGCAAUUUCUUGAACUUUCCUAGAAAGCUCAGAAGCCAUAAUCUCUUUCUCUUUACCCAAACUUGUACACAUAAUCUCAAGACUCUUCCUAGCAGCCAAGCUCAUACUCAAUUGUCGUUUAAGCUUUUCUUUGUCGUCGUUUAUAGAAGAAGAACAAGAAGAACAAACCAACAUCUCAUUUGGCUUCUUUUCCCUUGGAGCGUUACUGCUUGGUUUCAGAUCCGUAUUGCAUCUUCGGAGCUCCGGUUUUCGACCCGAACUCUGAGAUUUCUGAAUCCGGGUCUUCAGGUCUUCCAAUAUGCUCAUCAUUCCGGCUACCCUUUGGGUUUUCCGGUCAUCUUUGCUCCCGCCGGCCUCGUUGUGAUCUUGGACUAGUUUUAACAGAAGCUUAACGCUUGUGGAGAUGCCUUAAAAUAAUAACAAAAAAAUAAAAAAAAAAUAAAAAAGUUGUUGAUGGGAUUUCGAGAAUUCUCUGAUUGUUUCUCGGGAAAAUGAAAAC